UAUGUCCCGUCCUCCCCGGCGGGGGGGAGCCUUGGGCUUAGGAGAUCUACGCAGGUCUUUUUUAAAGCCGGAUUCGCUUUUUGUUCCAGCACCCGGUCCGAGUAGAAACACUGAUCCCUAGGUUCUUGGACACUUCUGGCGGAAACUCCUGGAGGGUUGGAUAGCGAACCCGAGCCGCCCGUGUUCAUUUUUUUCAUCCUUGUUUUUUUCUUGUGGCCCCGCUUUGUGGCCUUGAUGUGCUAUACGGCUGGCGAGAAAUAAGGUACGUCCAAGAACUAUUAUCCCACCUGUUGAAUUUUCUAAUUCGUUUCAUAUGUAUAUUCUCCUUGAUAAUAUCGUAUAUUCCUCUACUUAGUAUUUCUUUUGACUAUGAACAUUACUACAGCAGGAGUAUGUAUUACGUAUAUUUCAUAUUAUAUUUCAUGAUACGAUUAGGGAAUUAUGGCGUAUUUUCUUAUCUGGUGUUCGGGUUUAUUUCCUACAUUUUAUUUGCUCACACCACUUCAGAUAUACGCAUGUUUUAUGGGAUUUCCUUGGUAAUUUUUCAGGGUCAAACAUGCUUCCACUUAUGUUUCCCUUAUAUUUCUUUCAAUUACUUAAAGGACGCACACCUGUAUAAAUAGGCGUUACCGUCCAUCUCACUUAAAAGAAUUAAGGACAAGAAUUACUACCAAUCUACCUUCAUACCAAACUCCUCCUCGCUUAACGUGCCCGUGGUAUACUCUCUCUACUACGUCGUAUUUUCGUACAAAGUUAUUAAGAUAGUGCCGUACCGUACACAUUCAAACACCACCAACAGAAAUAAGCUCACGGCACCCGCUCAGACUAAUAGGAUGGCAGAUCUCCCAUUAGCCUGUGGACAACCAGGGAAAAACACGGAAGCAGCAACAUGAGCAACCAAUGCCCCAUAUCACGCUUGCAGAGCACAAGCAUUCAGUUCCUUGAUUGAAAAAGAAAAAAAAAAUCUGGUACCCGAUCCAGUGUUACCGUCCAGUUUCCCCAUACACAUAUGGCGGCCCAACUCGUAUUGUGACUGAGGGGAAACAACUUUCCUUCCACCUAGGGCCGAACGUUGCUAUUUACUCCUGCGGAUAGGUAUCACACAACGCACGUAAGAGAUAUCAUCAGGUGAGUGUCCGGACUAACUCCCCCCCGAAGCUAUAAUAUAAAGGCAUCGGAUUCACUCAGUGCACACCCGCAGCCCAAGAGAUAGUUCAAGAGCCCAACAAUAUCCAAACCCCAAUAAUGAAGUUCCAAUUAUUCGCAGUGUUUGCUAUCUUGCUUGGUAUGCCAUACAAUUAUCCCCCUCCCCCGUCUCCUCGAAACCAUUCCUAACAAGAAACCCCUCCCAGCUCUCACGCUCUCUGCCCCCGUCUCUCAAUCCGAAAGCCCCCCCCGUUCAAACCCCGUCUGCUCCACCACUCAAGGGGCCCUAAUUGAAGACUGCCGCGAAGCGCUUACCAAAAUCCCCAUGCAGUGGCCACGAAUCUGCCCCGCUAUCGUAAUCACGUCCUUCGAUGCAGCCACUGUGCGCACAUGCCGGAUAAGGACUUGGGAUACGGCUUCCGCCCACUGUCUGGAGGGUGAGGCGAUCGUUCUAGCGGUGAACAUGAUUACGUCCUGGUGUACUAGGGGCGCUACCAGGGUUGUUGGAAAGAACUCUCUCCCAUGGGGUAGUGAUAAGACGGGCGUUGAAAUCGUUUGGGUUCAAGACACCGUGCCAUAGAAUGGGGGUUUCUCUUGUUCGGAAUUGUGCGGAGGGAAAUGGUGGGAAUUUUGAAAGGCUUCUUCGGAGGGAAGUGGGAUGAUUUUAGCACUAUAGUCAAAUCGAUCAGUGAAACACCUACUAUAUCAUACUAUCCCCC